AUGUCCCUUUCUGUGCGCCCCACGCGGAGGGUCGUGGGCAGAUCCAUCACUAGAAGCCAGUCGUUCGCCGGAGUCAACUCCUACGACAAGUCCUACAGGAGUCUUUCAGUGUUCAGCACCCCGGGGUGUGUGAGGAAGACUCCCUCCAGAGCAAGCAGGAUGUUCACGCUCUCCACUAAAUCGCCUCCCCCAAAGGUGCCCCAGCCGGAGCGGCUGGACGAGGUGUACGAGGCCCUCAAGAGAGGACUGCAAUCAUACCUGCAGGUCCAUCAGAUGGAGCUGGACGGUCUAAACAGGCAAAUGAAGGAGUCUAAGAGGAACUCUCGCUUGGGUUUUUUGUAUGAACUUGACAAGCAAGUGAAAGUGAUCGAGAGAUUUAUGAGACGACUGGAGUUUCAUCUUAGUAAGAUUGAUGAGCUGUAUGAGGCCUACUGUAUGCAGCGCAGACUGAGAGAUGGAGCCGAUAAGAUGGUGAAGGCUUAUACUGCUUCUCCCGGCAGCAGAGAGGCUCGAGAAAGCCUGUCAGAAGCUAACAAGAGCUUUAAAGAAUACACAGAGAAUAUGUGCAUGCUAGAGAGUGAGCUGGAGAACCAGCUGGGGGAAUUCCAUAUCAAAAUGAAGGGCUUGGCGGGUUUUGCACGUCUAUGUGCUGGAGAUCAGUAUGAGAUCUUUAUGAAGUACGGUCGUCAGAGAUGGAAGCUGCGGGGUCGGAUUGAAAUCAAUGGCAAGCAAGUGUGGGACAGUGAGGAGAUGGUCUUCCUCCCGCUCAUCACAGAGUUCCUGUCCAUAAAGGUGACGGAGCUAAAGAGUCUGGCCAAUCAUGUGGUGGUGGGAAGUGUCUCGUGUGAGACGAAGGACUUGUUUGCUGCACUGCCACAAACAGUAGCUGUGGAUAUUAAUGACCUGGGCACCAUCAAACUCAGUCUAGAGGUCACCUGGAAUCCAUUUGACAAAGAUGAUCAGUCGUCUUCAGCCAGCACCGUGAACAAAGCUCCUACUGUCAACAAACGCUUUUCUACCUACAACCAGAGUCCUCCAGAUACUCCUUCUCUACGAGAGCAGGCCUUCUAUAACAUGUUGAGGAGACAAGAAGACAUGGAGAACGGGACAGCCUGGUCAAACUCCUCUGAAUCCUCAGACGACUCAUCCAGUCCUCAGCUCUCCUUAGCAAUGCGUCACGCUCACAAAAACUUGGUUCAGCCUGAGGUACAAGCUGCUCCUCCUGCCAUCGAAAUCUCAUUUGCACCCCGCGAAUCAGCCACCUCUACUCCCACCCGCCUUGCCAAUCAGAAGGAAGAGGACGAGGAAGAGGAAGAAGAUGAGGAUCUAAAGAAACCAGCAGCCACCAUAAGAGUCACAACAGAGGCUCCUGCAAAACCGGAAGUGCCCAAUGGCCAUCCUCGCUACUCUCGCUCGCUUAGCCAUAUUAGCGAAAUCAGCGCAGAUGGUGUUUUGACAGAAAGAUUGGCUGGGGAAUCCGACGAAGUGACUUCAACGGUCUCUUCGGUAUUAGAUAGUGACAUUUCCAUGGAUGUUCCUCACCGAGCAGAACUGUGUUUUGUUGUACCAGACACUCAGGAGAGCUGCUCUGUUCCUGAUCCCUCAACAAAUGAGCCAUCGUGUCCUGCUGAGCCAAUGAACUGUUCAGAAUGUCACUCUCCUGCUGAAAGCGUAGUUCGUGAGACGGCUGCUGAGAAAGCUUCAGAGCUCACCUGUGGAGAUAAAGACUCUGCCCACAAUGCUUUGUCCCAGCAGAUGGACAAUGGAGAUUGUAGAACUGAUUCCUCUCAUGAGCCGCAACACACAAAGACACAAACAGACAAUCUGCUGGCAGAGAAGUCUGGCUCUUUGGUGGACAGCAGAUCUGUGGGUGGUUUGGAAGGACAGUCCGUGGACAAUGGUCUAGAGGAGGCCCUAAGUGGCGUUUUAUCCUCUCUUGAUGAUUACCGAGGCCAGUUCCCUGAACUACAGGUUCUUGAGCAGGAGCUGAAGAUGCUGGAGGAGACUCUCACGACGCGGAGUCGCAGUCGCUCCUCCAGUGUCAGUUUGACAGUUGAAACGGCUCUGGAAAGCUUUGACUUCCUCAACACAUCAGACCUGGAGGAAGAAGAGGAGGAGGAGGAGGAGGAAGAUGGAGAGAAACAGAGUGUGACAGACAGAAGCAGCACUAAGGAGCGUCCCGCAGCUGUGGAGAGUGCAGGAGAGGACGAGGGCUGUGAGGCCAGAUGUUGGGACACUCCUUCUGGUCCUAUUAGUACAAAUUGCCCAGCUCUAGAUUACACCCUGCUGGUUCAUCUCAAGUACUGCAGCUCACAGCUGCUGAGAUUAGGCACCUUUGGGCCUCUGCGCUGUGGAGAAAUGUAUGCUCUAGACCGACUUCUCAGAGAAGCAAGAGUUCUGGAGCUCAUACGGUGGGCCGUGAAGGACUCGAGGGGUGCAGACGUCCAACCAGAAGAAGUUGUUCCUCAGUUAGAUCAGUGUCAGGGGGCCGUGUUGCUGUGGCGUCAGUGUACGGAUGGCUGCGGCGUCUACAGCUCCUCCGCUGAGGCCUUCUUACAGGCGCUCAGUGAUGCUUACGCUAGCAGACUCCCUGAGAGAGGAGCCGGCUUCACUGAUGCAGUUUUUCUGCGUCUGCUGGAGAGGAUCCUGGAGAGGAAGCUGCCCAGGCGUGCAGGAGGAACAUCCAAAGAGAGUCUCACCCUUUUCCAAUUUUGGAGCUACCUGGAGGCAGAGGGAGUGAAUGACUUGGACACACACAUUCCUGAGCUGGCUGAAGAAGUGUGGCUGGUUCAGUGUCUGCAGUCUGGUGAUCAGGAUGUUCUGAUCAAGUGCUUGAAGAAGCCCCCGGAGUGCAGUCUGAAGAGAGAGGGUCUGCGGGCGGUCAGUCUGCUGCUCCGGGACCCGAGAGGGAAAGUGUGCAGCGCCGCCAGUUCCCUGCUGAGGAGUCUAGCAGACCAGACCCGGCACAGGGAGAGGGCGCUGGUGAGCUGUCUAGAGUUACUGGAGGAUGAAAGCAUUGAGACGCGAGUGUGUGGAUGUAAAGCACUCGCAUGUCUGAAGGCCAAAGAGAGCAUCGAGCAGCUGGUGUAUCUGUGCCGGACAGAUAAGGAGGAUGUGAGAGAUGCUGCCAAACAAGCCCUGCUAGUGCUAGGUGAGGAGGGAAAGAUGGCUCAUCGACACCUUGAGUCCUCACAAGAUGGGAUGUCCCGGCUCUUCUCCCCCGGCAGUAUGGCCAGUACAGCGUUCUAA